GCGGAGCGUAGGGGAGGGGACCUGAGAGGAGCGAGAGGAGGGGACGAGCAGAGGGGAGGGGAGACCCGCCGCCUCCCUCCCUCUCUCGCUGACUCGCUCCCUCCCGGGCUGCGGCUGCUGCAACGGGGCGGCGGUGGCGGCAGCAGCGGGAGCAGUCUAGAAGCCGGCGUCGAGGACUGCUGCUGUCUCUGCUGCUCCAUCCACUCCAUUGAGGUCCUCUCCUCUCUCCCCUCUCAAGAUGGCAGCCAGCAGCUCUGAGGUCUCGGAGAUGAAGGUGAUAGAAGAGGGUCCCCAAACCCAAGGAGAAGGGCCUGGCCAUUCUGAAGCCGAAACUGGCCCUCUCCAGGUCCCAGCUGGGGUCCCAGAUGAGCCAGAGGCCCUGCAGCCCGGCCCAGACGACACUGGGGCCCCUGUGGACUCAGAAACCAAAGCUGGACUGGCUCCAGAAACCACAGAGACCCUAACUGGGGCCCCAGGAACAGCCCAGGCCAGAGACCUCAGCUCAAGUCCAGGAGGGGAAUCAAAUGCCAACCCCAGCCCCAAAGAAGCACGCCAAGAGCCGGCACCCAAACCAGAAGCAAAUAAAGAGGCCACUGCAGACCAGGGGUCUGAUCUGGGGUCUACAGCCCCACUUGAGCCAGCCUCAGAGUCUGCUCCUCAGCUGGACACCCAGUCAGACCCUCAGCCAGACUGCCAGCCAGAUUCCCAGCCCACCCCCAAGUCAGCUCUUCAGCCAGAGCCCCCUACCCAGGAGGACCCCACCCCUGAGGUCCUGACUGAGAGUGUGGGGGAAAAGCAAGAAAAUGGGGCAGUGGUUCCCCUGCAGGCUGGCGAUGGGGAAGAGGGCCCAGCCCCUCAGCCUCACUCGCCACCCUCAACAAAAACCCACCCAGCCAAUGGGGCUCCUCCCCGCGUGCUGCAGCAGCUGGUUGAGGAGGAUCGACUAGGAAGGGCUCACAGUGGGCAUCCAGGAUCUCCCAGAGGUAGCCUGAGCCGCCACCCCAGCUCCCAGCUGGCAGGGUCUGGGGUGGAGGGGGGUGAAGGCACCCAGAAACCUCGGGACUACAUCAUCCUCGCCAUCCUGUCCUGCUUCUGCCCCAUGUGGCCUGUCAACAUCGUGGCCUUCGCUUAUGCUGUCAUGGUGAGCCCCAUGGGACCCUGGCCCAGGCCUGCUGUGGCUCCCAGCUUCCUGCCAGCACCUGGACAGAACCCCGGGAGUAGCCUUGUCUUCCCCUCUCCUCUCUGCAUGGAUCUCACUUCCCAAUUAUGGGGAUUUUCCCGGCCUCUCCCUAGGACUUUACCGUCUGAGCCACCACUGCCCUACCCCGUCAGGUGGGAGGGAUGCCAAGACGUGUUUCACACCACCUUGCUGACCUGUGCCCUCCUCCCCCUGCCUCCCCAACCCUCUUUCCUCCUUUAACCACUGUCCACGGGGCCCGCCUGUCUCCUCUGGACAACUCUUUCACCUGAUCCCUGCUGGGCUGCCUUCUGACCUGGGCCAUGGUGCCCCACCCCUCACCCUAACCCCAGUCCCGGAACAGCCUGCAGCAGGGGGACGUGGAUGGGGCCCAGCGUCUGGGCCGCGUGGCAAAGCUCUUAAGCAUCGUGGCGCUGG